AUGACGAAGCAGCUGGAAGUGCCGAAGCAGGCAUCUCAACACGGAGCUCGCAUGUCCCGACGCAAGACUGACGGCGACUCACGGAUGCUGGACCUCGGAGACUUUGCACUCGCCUGCACUCCCUCAGCUGAGACGGGCAAGAUCGUGCACCGUCGCCGCCGACCCAAAGGAGGGACUCUCCAUCAGUACAUGACAGCCCGCCGACCGUCGCAGCCGGAUCAGCUUCCCAAGAUUCCAAGUCCAAGGGUUGAGAAGGAACCCUUGCAGAGGCACACCAGUCUGCCGGCGAUCGUGGAUGUGAAGACCGAAGCAUUGUUGCUGUCCCGCCAGCUCCACUUGGACUUUCAUGAAGUGAAGCACGCCGUGCAGGAGCUGCGGAAAGAACAUGCAGAACUUGCUAACGGAGGCAUGGAGCUUGCAACUUUUCGAGACUGCGUACUUCGAGCCUUCAGCGUCAAAGACAUCCACGAUCGACUCCUUCAGGAUGCAUACCGCCAAUGCAAGGCAGCAGAUGGACCAGUGAGCCCCAAGCGGUUCUUGUCCUGGUAUCGGGACCACAUCUUCAUCUUCAUGCAUGAGCAGGAGAAUGACCCCGCGAAGGAAAGUGCAGAUGCUUUGACUCUCGAGCUGGCCAAGAAGCAUGAUUGCUCUUGCAUUGAGCUUGACAAGGUCAAGCUGCAGUUCGACCACUUUGAUAUCGACAAGUCAGGCCUAAUUGAGUACAAUGAGUUUGAGUCGAUGAUGUACACACUCCUACAUUGUGCCAGCAAGUCAGACCUCCCACCGAAUCGCAUUGAGCGCUUCUGGCAUGAGGUGGACUUGGAUGGCAAUGGAUCGGUGGACUUCACUGAGUUCACGGAGUGGUAUCUCAAGUACUUCGCCCUUGCCCAGGAGCAUGGUCCCAUUGAGGCGUUCUACGCUUCUUUCAUGCCAAGCGUUCAACGGACAAAAAGCUUGGAGUCCAGAAACUCCACAAGUCCUAGGGAGGUCAAGGACGAUGCUUUCGCGGUUCUGCGCCACCUGGAACAGCCCAAGAAGCUCGAGCCCCUGCGAUGCCGAGAAGAGCUGCGCGUCUCCCCGAAAUCAAUGAGGCGUCGUAUGACCACCGGAUCCUGCAUCGACAACUCACUCUGUUGA